AUGGACGACAAUCUCACUCCAUCCUCUGUGGGUGAUAUUGAAGCCGAGGUGCCGAUUUCUGUCCCCGAGAUUACCGCGCCUCUUAGUGUUCGAGUCGACAAAGACGGAUCUCUCACUCACACUCACACGGCAAUUCACCAUGAUCACCCGGAGGGCCUGCUUCAGCCUUCACACUAUGAGGACUUAGCAUCAAUGCAAACAAUUCAACCCAGUGCGUUGACUGUCGAGAAUGUCGAGGACGCUCCGCCUGGUUCAGUCCGCCUCGGGCCGUCUGAAUUUGCCAUAACACUCCCCAUGGAUUCUCGAGUGAAAGAUGACUAUGAGAAGGUGUUGACGGGUGCAGCCUUCAGCAUGCGAGAGUUCUUUCUAAGCUUCAGCCCUACCUCGCAAGUCUCAGAAACUGAGCGAAGACAAUUAUUGCCGAAGAUGCAUGAAGUCACCGCACGUUUCAAUAAUGUCUCCACUCAUCCAGACUUGAACAUUCCCCAGCACUGCCAAUACAAUGAUUCCGAGCUGGAACAGGAGGCUUCAUGGGCCGAGUACUCUAGCGCGAAGUUUUUAUUCCUCAAGUACUGGAUAGAACUCGCGAACGCACACGACCUUCAUGUGAUUCUCGAGGUCCGUGGCGACAUGAAGCAGAAUAUCCUUGAACGCUAUUUGCUAGGCAAAGGCUUCAGUUACACCAAACCACGUGCUGAGCUGGGCGAUAGUGUGGAAAUUUCAAUGGCCAAAGGCUCCUUGAGUUUUGGGAUUCAUGGCAAUGACGGCGUACAAGAGCUCUUCAAGUCACCAUGUGCGAUUUUUGCCCUGGACACGUCUUUCGACCCCAGGAGCCCAUCGGUGCAACAUAUUCGAACAACCUACACUCGAAAUGGAAGCCUUCUUCCUGUCAUCUGGCUCCUUGUUGCCAACACAUGUGAACACAUUGGACGCUGCCUGCCAGAUUUAUCAGAAUCCGAACGGCUUCGUCUUCUUUUGCAAGAAACUGCACAUCUCCAUGAAGAUGUUGGCGAUCUCCAGGACGAUGCUUUAGGCGUCCACGAAGAUGUUGAAGAGAUCCUCGGUUAUCUGUCUGACAGCCUUGCCAGCUGGACACUUCCCACCAUUGAGCCUUUGCAUUUUAUUUCCCAGGAAGAAUUGGACUCAUCCGACCCCUCGUCAGAUGAACCAAUGCCAACAGCUCCGAAACGUUCACUGGAUGACGAUGGCGAUGAUUACACAACGAAACGUGUACGGGUUGACUUGCCCCAUACCAGCCAGUUGACCGACUCAACCAAGGCGUCCAGCCAGACUUUGGACCGUGACUUACACUCCUUGGAAAAGAAUCUUAUCCAAAUGAAAAAUGCACACGCCGCAGAGAAGGACCAUUUGCAAAUCGAGCUAAACAAGACUCAGGCUCAAUUGCAAGAUUUUAAGAAAGCCAUGAGCGAACUGCAGCACCGCUACGAAAGUAGAACCAAAGAUUUACACAAGACUCGCCAGAACUGUGAGCGACUGACGGAAGGAAAGACUUCACUCGAACAGCGCGUUGAGACUUUAAGAGAGAACCUUUCCAAGAUAAAGGAUGAGCGCAUAAAGCUCAAGCAAGAGCUCGAGGAAGCUCGUCAGGAGCUCAAAAAUGGUGGAGGUACCUUGGCUGAAUUGGAGACCGCCCGCGAGGAGAUCCGUCGACUGACUAAAGAGAGCGCAAGUCUGGAACGCAAGGCUGAAUACUCGCAGAACCAGGCAGAAUAUGUCCGUGAGCAAUAUCAAACUGCAUCAACUGUGGCUGCUCAGGCCGGCAAUGAAGCUCGCCAGCUGCGCGAGGAGAACGAAGCCUUAACAAAGAAAGUCGAGGGUAACAUGGUGCAACUACAAGAAAUCAACAAAAAGAACGAUGAGGCUCGUCACAUAGCGCGCAUCGAAGAACUGGAAAUCAUCCUCGCUGCGCGAGAUGAGGUGCUCCGCAAGAAAGAGGAGGAACUUCGCGACAUUCGCAAGAAUCGACCAUCGACUCGUUCCACCAGUACUCAACCGCGGAGCCCCAAAUGGGCUGGUAGCCGACCAACCAGCCCUGGGGUUAAUCACAAUGGGAAUGGCAAUGGCCUUGCAGGACGAGGCAGUGCCUUGCGGUUUAGUUCAGAGAUGCCCUUUUAA